GGUUGGAGGCGCGGGCGCGAAGCCGACGGCAGCGAGACACGCGCGACUGAGGCCAUACUGAAGACAGGCCAAGCAACGGCUCAGACCAUGCGCGCCUCAGGCCGGUCCGUUCUGCUGCUGGCGCUGCUGCUGUGUCUGCGCGCCGCCGACGGCUCCUGGCACCGCCGUCUCAGGGGUCAGGGCCGUCGCAUCACCAGCCUGGCCAACGUGCUCAGACACGAGCGCACCCAGCGCGACAGUGAUAAUUUCGAUGACGACCGAUACAGCCCAGCAUAUCGAGACUAUGGCACCUCAAAAGACCUCCUCUCUGGGAAAAACGCCAAUCUCAAACAUCUGCUGCAUCUUCAGCACAUACAUCACAAGACGAUGAUGAAGAAGAAGCGUCUAAACAACAGAAAUGAAAUCUGCCUAUUCAAGGCUUUGCGAAGAUGCGGAAAUCGUCUCAUCGCCCAGUUCUCCUCAGAUUCUGGAUUUGACAACAGGUGCUCGACCAAAGAGGAGUUCCUGGACUGCAUGUCGGGCAUGCAGCACGGCGCGUGCCACGUGAAGCACGUGCGCCACGGGCCGUCGCGCGUGCUCGUGGAGCAGUACCAGCAGCGGCUGCGGCGCCUGCUGCGCUCCACGCGUGGCUGCGUGAUCGGAGUCGACCUCUCCACGCCCGAGGCGUCCCGCUGAAGCGUCGCUCAGCGACAGCAAGCUCCGGGGUCGACAAGAGAUGGCGCUAGUGUCGUCGCAGUCCUGGGUCGCCCGCCGAUAGGCGGCCGGCGUCCCGCACCGCUCGUGCAGCUCCCCGUGCGUUAGUGUACUCGCUGCGAGGAGGGAUCUCGACUGGCUGGCGUGUGUUUGGAAUUUUGUGAGCCGCCGAUCCUGUGUUGUUGAAUUCAUGGCCGGUGUCCACGUUCUCGUGCGCUGGGGGUGGGUUCUCAAGAUUGCACCGUUCGCUCAGUGGUGAAGUUAGAUGUCACGAUCGAUGUCCCUCGGUCAGGUCCAGUCGCGCGCGGGUAAUUGGUUUGCGAAGGCAACACCUGGUCGGAGAGACGGACCGGCGGUGUCGCUCAAGCAAACGUUACCUGAGGUCGCCAGUACGCUGAACCCAUUGGUGCUGCUCAUCUCUGCCGCGGGUCAGGCUGCGCUGGUUAGCAUCCUGCCUUCUCACGUUCCGUGACACGGGCGAGACGGAUGGACGACAACAGGUGGCGCGUAGGUCACUCCGCACCCAGACAGUGUCAGGGGCGGCGGGGCGCUUCUCAGAGGCACGCCCGGCGCGGCGCCACCGGUCAUCUACACCUCAUCGGCGUCACUCGGUGGCGCCCGAGGCAGAUCUCAGAACAGCGGCCGAUUACCCGCCGUUUGCGUGAAUUUAUGGAGCCGGCCGGCUCACAGCCGCCCAACCCGUGAUGCUCUGCCAGCGGCGCGGCGGAGAGUCCUCGGAGCGGAGCGGACAGGUCCGUGGAACGCCACGUUUGGUCGUGCUGAUUAGACGGCCUGGCGCUGGCCGCGGCAGACGGGGCCAGCAGACGCUCGACAGCGCGGCGUCAGAAGCUGCGCUCUGCGCGCCGCGCUGGCGUCGUCUCGUCGGCUGUCGUCAGAGCACCGGCGUCUCGGUGACUCGCGCUGGGCGCUGUGUCGUCGGCUGUCUUCAGAGCACCAGCGUCUCGGUAGCCUACGCCGGGCGCUGUGUCGUCAGGUGUCUUCAGAGCACCAACGUCUCGGUAGCCUACGCCGGGCGCUGUGUCGUCAGGUGUCGUCAGAGCACCAGCGUUUCGGUGACCCGCGCUGGGCGCUGUGUCGCCAACUGUCGCCAGAGCACCGGGGUCUCGGUGACUCGCGCUGGGCGCUGUGUCGCCAGCUGUCGCCAGAGCACCGGGGUCUCGGUGACUCGCGCUGGGCGAUGUGCCGCCAGCUGCCGCCAGAGCACCGGCGUCUCGAUGACCCGCGCUGAGCGCUGUGUCUUCAGCUGUCGUCACAGGCAGACACUUGAGCUGGAGCCGGGUGCUCGUCAGCGGCCAAAGCUUGGAGCCAUGUUACGGACACCAGAAGGAGAACUGCGCAGAGGGAUUGAAGACCUGUCAUGCCACCGGUACAGGCAGACUGCUAGCCAAGGUUACGGGACGCCGCGAGUGCUAAAUGGGGCGCUCGACACUGAGUCAGGCCGGGAGUGAGUUACAGCCAUCCACAGCUGUUCGGAGCCUGCUCCACCCACCAGCGUCUGCCAUUAAAAAACUUGAACCGCCGGCGCUAUGUGCCAGCCAUCGGGUCUCAGCUCGGGGCGGACCAGGUUCCUCCGCACAGCGAGCGGAUGUCGGACCAGGCGCACCGGGCGCCUACCGGUAACGAGGACCGUCGGCUUGGGGUUGCCGUGUCAUGGAAACGCUCGCAUGUGUGAUGUCCCAUAUUUGUGGAUAAGUGUAUUUAUUUCGUUUGUUGUGGUAGGGAAGAGCUGUAGUAAUACACAAAACA